CUCUCCAAAAUGUCAUCUAUCUUCCUCCUCAUGUCGAUAUCUUCAACAAUCUCUAUUGCACGUUCCGAAGUCACUCCACUAAGAAUUUUCGCAAAAAUUCCAAGGAAUGCAUCCGAAGAGAGACAGCAAGUCGACGACUCUACUGAUUCCGAUCUCAAAAUAUUUUAUUAUGAUCAGAAUCUUGACCAUUUCACGUUCACACCCAAAAGCUAUAUGACGUUUCAACAGAGAUACGCCAUCCAGUCUAAGCAUUGGGCUGGUGCUAAUGAUAACGCACCGAUCUUAGCGUAUCUUGGAGAGGAAUCAUCGUUAGAGACGGAUUUAUCUGUCAUCGGUUUCCUCCGUGACAACGGUCCUCGUUUGAAAGCCCUGCUCGUCUACAUAGAGCAUAGGUAUUACGGGACGUCCAUGCCAUUUGGAUCGGGAAAAGAAGCAUUGAAGAACGCGAGUACAUUGGGAUACUUGAAUUCAGCCCAAGCAUUAGCAGACUAUGCUGCCAUUUUGUUACACGUUAAGGAGAAGUACUCCGCGGAUCACAGCCCGAUCAUAGUUAUUGGAGGAUCCUACGGGGGAAUGUUAGCGGCGUGGUUUAGGCUAAAGUAUCCGCAUAUAGCACUUGGGGCAUUAGCAUCUUCGGCUCCUCUUCUCUACUUUCAAGACACACUACCGAAACAUGGUUAUUAUUAUAUAGUAACCAAAGUUUUCAAGGAAACAAGUGAGAGCUGUUAUAAUACGAUACGUAAAUCUUGGGAAGAAAUUGACAGAGUUGCUGUCAAGCCCAACGGUCUUUUGAUCCUCAGCAAAAAGUUCAGAAUUUGCAACACUUUGAACAACACAUUUGAACUUAAGAACUUCCUGGAUACCAUCUACGCCUCGGCAGCUCAAUACAACAGCAAUCAGUAUCCGGUUGCCUCAUUAUGCGAAGCUAUUAACAACGGGGUAAACAGUGAAAAUGAUCUACUUGGCCAGAUUUUUGCAGGUGUUGUUUAUGAUAGGGGCAACCGUUCAUGUUAUCCUUUAUCUGUUCAGCCCACAGAGGAUAGCAUAGCAUGGAAGUGGCAGACAUGCAGCGAGAUAGUUCUGCCCAUAGGACAUGACGAACAAGACACGAUGUUCCAAACGGAGCCGUUUCGUAUGGAUAUUAAAAUUGACCGGUGCAAACUGCAGUACGGUGUCCCGCCUCGUCCACAUUGGGUCACGGCUUACUACGGCAUUCAGGAUGUCAAGUUAAUCCUUCGACGUUUCGGGAGCAACAUAAUAUUCUCCAACGGAUUGUUAGAUCCAUAUAGCGUCGGCGGGAUUUUAGAAGAUAUCUCAGCCACCAUAGUCGCCCUUACAACACCGGAAGGCUCUCACUGUCGGGACAUUGUCUUGAAGAACGUAGGCGACCCAGAGUGGCUGCUUCUUCAGAGGAAAAAAGAAAUAGAGAUUAUAGUGUCUUGGAUCACAAGCUACAAAAGGGAUCUCAGAGAUUUUAAUAUAUAG